AAGUUUCUACAGAGAGAAACUGACUUCCUGGUUUGACUUUCUGUCUGCUGUGGUUUCAGCUUCACUCUGAGACAAAAUGGCUUCCAGAUCAGACGAUGAUCUCUGCUGUCCGGUCUGUCUGGAAAUAUUUAAGGAUCCGGUUCUUCUGUCAUGUAGCCACAGCUUCUGUAAGGAGUGUCUGCAGAAAUACUGGAGAACAAGAACUGGUCGCUCAUGUCCAGUUUGUAGGAAAAGAUCAGCAUCAGAUGCUCCUCCCUGUAAUCUGGCUCUGAAGAAUCUGUGUGAGUCUUUCCUACAGCAGAGAAACCAAAAAGCUUCAGAGGGUCUCUGCUCUCUGCACUCUGAGAAACUCAAACUCUUCUGUCUGGACCAUCAGCAGCCAGUGUGUCUCGUCUGCAGAGAUUCAGAAAAACACACCAAGCACAGAUUCAGACCCAUCGAUGAAGCUGCUCAGCAACACAGGAAGAAACUUGAGGAAACUCUGGAGCCUUUAAAGGAGAAGCUGGAGCUCAGGAAGAAAGUUCAGGAGGAGUUUGAUCAGACAGCAGAACACCUGGAGGUCCAGGCCCGACACACAGAGAGGCAGAUUAGGGAGCAGUUUAAGCAGCUUCAUCAGUUUCUAGCAGAGGAAGAGGAGGCCAGGCUGGCUGCACUGAGGGAGGAAGAGGAGCAGAAGAGAGGGAUGAUGAAGGAGAAGAUGGAGGCUCUGAGCAGAGAGAUAGCAGCUCUUUCAGACACAGUCAGAGCCACAGAGGAGGAGCUGAGAGCUGCAGACGUCUCAUUCCUGCACAACUACAAGGCUGCAGUGGAAAGAGUCCAGCGCUGCCCCCUGCUGGAGGAUCCACAGCUGCCCUCAGGAGCUCUGAUAGACCAGGCCAAACAUCUGGGCAACCUGGCCUUCAACAUCUGGAGCAACAUGAAGGACAUGGUGACCUACACUCCUCUGGUUCUGGAUCCAAACACGACUAGUCCAUUUCUCCAUCUGUCUGAAGAUCUGACCAGUUUGACUUUAGGAGAGGAACAGCAGCUUCCUGAUAAUCCAGAGAGGAUUGAUUAUUACUGGUCUGUUCUGAGUUCUGAAGGUUUUAACUCAGGGAACCACAGCUGGGAUGUUGAUGUUGGAGACAGUAAAGGCUGGAGACUUGGUGUGUUGGAAGAGUCUGUAGAGAGGAAGGGAGACAUAAAGUCUGGAUUCAUAAAGUCUGGAUGGUUGUUCAUAGAGUUCUAUUCAGGUGGAUAUUCAGCACGUUCUCCACAUUCUCCAUCAGCUCCUUUCACAUUUCUCUCAGUCCAGAAGAAUCUCCAGAGGAUCAGAGUGAAUCUGGACUGGGACAGAGGAAAACUGUCCUUCUCUGAUCUGGAUACUAACACACACAUACACACCUUCACACACACCUUCACUGAUAGGAUGUUUCCAUUCUUCGCCACUGAUAAAACAUUAAAGAUCGAACCGAUGAAGAUCUCAGUGAUGAAGCAGCAGCUCUGAUGAUCUCAGCAUGAAGAUCAAAGUCCAAUAAAAACUUAUUGAUCAGAUUGAAACUCUGAGUUUUAAAGAGGAAACUGGAGACGAUCUGAUCAUCUGGAAACUUCUUCAUCUCUGACUUUCAACUAUUGUUUCCAUUAUAGCAGAAAUUAAUGUCAAUAUGUUUAAUUGAAUGCAGAUUAUUUUUAUCUGCUUAGUGACAAACUGAAUGAAUCUGAAAUGACAUUUUCCAUCAUUUCUAAGUUAUUUGUGUUUCUUUGACCUUUUCCCUGUUUAAACUUUCUAUAUAAUCACUUUUAUCAUUCAGUAAAUUCCAGAAAAUUCUGUGACAAACAUUUAAAUCCAUGUUAUCCAUCCUUAAUCCCAGGAGAUUUUAAUCUGGUCUGGUUCUUUUCAGUUCAUUUCCAAAACCUUUGGUUCAUCAGAUCAUCAUAAUUAUUGAUUAUCAUUCAGUUUGUCACUAUAAUGAUUUCAGGACAAUAAUAAACUCUACAUGAUGCUUUGAGGCCCUGAAACCUGAAUAUUGUUGCAGCGUUAAUCUUUCAUUUC